CCAAAAUUGGCCAUUCCUCGCCCAAACGGGUGCGAUAAAUGGGCGAAAUAGGCGCUAAUUAUGACGCUGGACUUACUAAAAAUUCACUGACUGUCCACUGACUGCAGUCAUACGUUUGAUAGGUGAAGGGAAAGUCCGGCUGAUCAAGGCGAUCUCACCUCCUACAUUACCUACAUUACUACAACAACACAUCAACUACAUGUCUGAUGAUAAUAGGUCUUUCCUCCUAUUUCUUCCUUUCCCUUUCCCUUUCCUUUUCUUUCAACUUCUUUUAACUCUAACAACAAUUCCCGACCCGAACAAGAUUAAAGUUACCAAAGUAUUAAUAAUUGGGUUUGCCUGCCGAAACCUUGUUGGAACAAGGCGAACAGACCCUUGCCAUUCCGUUUCAAACUUCCCUGUUCUUUUCUUUUACAGUUAAUGAGGCGAGCAUAACGAGUCAUACUUCCUGAUAUCGAUUUAUUUCUGACAAGGACAAAAAAAGAAAAAUCAGCAAACCACGUCCAAAAUGUUUGAGUGUUUAUAAUAUAACAAUAUUUAUCUGAGGGUUUAGACCACUUGACCCCUAUGUACAAUGCCAUUUUUUCAGUCAGAUCCUGAGCGGAGGGAGUCCGCUAAAGAACAAUCAAUACCCGCUAUGGCGUCACCACCAAAUAAUGCACCACACGAUAAUGUCGAUAACACCUUAAGAAGAAAGCAAUCGGAGGAGAGCAUCAGCACAGAAUUAUGUGAAGGUCCAAUUUCGGAUAGUCCAGCACCACCGCGAACACCAGAGCGCAACAUACCGACCGAAUGUUCAGACCGAUCCGAACUCAUUGAACGGUUAAAAAGAGGCGAGAGCCCUACUUGGAAACCAAAUCGACAUUUCGAAUCGAUAUGGAAUGAAGAACCUGUCUCUCCUACUCGCAGUCCGAAACGAUCAAACGCAGCAUCGCCGAUCUUGUUGCCUCCAGCUACGAUAACACCAGAGAAACGAGGUACCGAUUCGGAAGAUGAACAACGACAACGAGAGGGGUUAAGCAUCGAACGUCCACGAUCAGCUCUGCAUAGUGGUGAUUUCACGCAGGAAGAUUCGCCCCGAGAGACAGAUCCCAUACAAGCACGUCCAGGAGCUCAACCAAAGCAAGAUUUCGCCGGCAUUAAUAAUCCGUGGUUAGCCACUUCGCCUCCAAGAGACUUCACCCCUUUUUCGUUCGAGAAGCGAGAUAUUCCAGCUAGGAGACCACAUGAGACGCCACCGGGCUUAUCUUCCUUAUCCUCGUCGAUAUCUUCAAGCUUUGUAUACAAGCCACCAACCAGUCCUCUCGUCCAGUCAGAGAGCAACGAUGAUCUCGACUUGACUUCGCCGAUGGACGGUAUUGAUAUCAGCUCAAGCCUUCCAAGAAAUCCACGCCGGCACACUUUGAUGUCAUCUCAUUCAGCUUCGUUCGGCAUUCCCCAUAGCCCAUCACCGAUACAUCCCCCCUCUUUACGUCAAGAGAGGACAUUCCCGUAUCAAGCUCACCAACCUCGACGAUCACUCGCCUCAACACCAAACUUCCCUACGGCUUCAUCGUCGCCACAGACUCCAUCGUUACUUAGGUCAAGACGCCCGUCAUUCGGUUCGGAUAUAUCGCCUAUCCAACAUGCAUCCAUGGUAGGGUCUUACGAGGAGAGUAUCUUGCGAGGACGAAUGUCAACUACACCUUCAAAACCUCUCGAUUUCUUAGCUCAGAUCGGCGUACUUGGGUUGGGUAAGUGCAAGUCAAGUCUACGAUGUCCACCUCACGUGACCUUGCCUUUUCCUGCUGUUUUCUAUAGUUAUGCCAACUCCUCUCAUGGACGUUCCAAAGUAGAAGAUGGGCCAAGUCCAUAUGUCGGACAGGUCGACCUAGAGAACGGUCUUCCAAAUCAGGAAGAGGACGCGAGAUCAAAACGGAAAAUGCAGAGUCGAGUUCUGGAACGUAUGGCAGCGGAAGAUGAUAAUCCAGAGACGAGUCAUCGUCCUGCCGAACGUCCCGAGCGUAAUUCCCGCAGAACUCACCAACCCAAAACCAAACGUAGGUCAGGCUCUCCGAGGGCACCACCAGGCGGAAGCUACCGUAUCCCUGAAAAGGGGCAGAUUCAAAUCAUCAUCAAGAAUCCAAAUAAGACAGCAGUCAAGCUGUUCCUAGUUCCAUACGAUCUAGCCGGAAUGGAGCCCGGCACAAAGACAUUCAUCCGGCAGAGAAGCUACUCGGCUGGUCCAAUUAUUGACAAUUUACCUCGAAAUAAAGAUGGUGAAGCGGCAGAUCGCCCCAUUCUCAGAUAUCUUGUCCAUCUACAUAUUUGCUGUCCUUCAAGAGGUCGCUAUUAUCUAUACAAAAGUAUUAGAGUUGUUUUCGCAAACCGCGUGCCUGAUGGGAAAGAGAAACUCCGAAAUGAGAUCACUUUGCCCGAACCCAGGUUUACUAAUUACAAACCAAUCAGAGUGAUGCAUCCUCCAAUAGCAGGAGGCACUGGUCCUGGCGCCAGUCUAGCUGCUGACAAGGCCUUCAGACGACGAAGCUCUGGGCUCUACUUCGGUGCUAUGAAUCAAGCUUACGACACAUCUGGCGGGUUCCCCUCGGCAAGUGUGUCGCACCACAGCUACAUGUCGGACUUUUCCGGACAUAACAUUCCGGUUGAACCUGUGCCGUACAUGCAUCGUGAGAUAAGAAACACGCCAGAUGCGGGAAGCAACUUAGGUUUUACGGACCCUCAGUCGCCAGAUUCAUCCCAAGCAAGUCGACCCACUACGCAGAAUUCAAGUGAUGUAUCGAGCUGGGGCGGCCUGGACGGCAGAAUUAGCACAUAUGAUAAACUCAGUAAAGGCGACAAGGGCUACGGCGGCAAUGCAUUCGCCCGUCUCAUCAACGGCAACACUGGUGUUGCAGAGAGUCUACUCUCACAGCGACUGCGUUCGCUAGGAGUUCAGGGACAAGGGAAUCGGGAUCAAGAGCAAGAGCAGGAUCCUGGUACAACGGAGGAGUAGACCUCCAGUUCUAUUGAUCUCAACUAUCGGCGUCGGAAAUUUGGGUGCCGUUCAUCAUUUAGACAUUGUUAUUAUCCAUUGGCUUCUGGGUCAGGUUGGCAAGAUCCAUGCGUCCAUGGGUAUCUAGGCGUCCUAUGGUUAUGGGACGGUGGGUAUCUGGGUACUAAAGGAUGUUAAUUUGGAUGGCAUUCGACUUGUUGGUCUGUAGCGUUGUUGAUCUUAAUGAGGACUUAAAGACUGAUAUC